AUGGGGUGCGCAGUCAUCAUCAGAACACAAACACGAUUGAAAGGAUGUGGAGGAGGCAAGGAGCAAGACGAGAGGUGGAGGGGAGAAGAAAAGGAGGUGUGGACGAAGUUGAGGGAUUAUGUUAAUGGCCGUGGACGACGACAGAGUAACAUGAAAGCUACCUUUACUAUGGAUAAAUGCUAUAAACGCGGUGUGCAAUUGAACACUGGUUCACCUGCAAUGUACAGUAAAGGAUACGGCGUUGUUCACUACACAAAUGAGUAG